CGCCGCUCCUCACCGCGCCGCACUCGCCCACCCCGAGGCCGGUGUUGAGUUACUCGGCUCCGCCAAGCUCCCUCCCUGUUCCCCGCAGCCGCGAGAGAGACCCAACUCGGAUUAGCUUCCUUACAGGUGGCUGGGUGGGCAGGUGGGGGGCUACGUACGGUGCGAAAGAAGUUCAACGCGCACGCAAGCAUCGUUCGCGGUGGGCCGGGGAGCGAGGCGCGUCCCGAUGCCGCUGGAGUUGACGAAGAAUCCCCUGCGCAAGGUUUGGGUGCCGCGCCACGGGCGCGAUGACUGCGGGCAGCUGCCUGCGGCCCACAAGAACGGAUGCUGCCUGCCCCACAUGACCCUCUCCCCAAUGGUCAUCGUCAUGGUGGGGCUGCCGGCCCGCGGGAAGACUUACAUCGCAAAGAAGCUCACGCGGUACCUCAACUGGAUCGGCCUGCCCACCAAAGUGUUCAACGUGGGGCAGUACCGGCGCGAGGCGAUGAAGACCUACAAGUCCCACGAGUUCUUCCUCGCCGACAACGAGGAGGGCCUCAAGAUCCGCAGGCAGUGCGCGCUGGCCGCCCUGAGGGACGUGAAGCAGUACCUCAGUGAAGAAGGAGGACAGAUCGCGGUGUUCGACGCCACCAACACGACACGCGAGAGGAGAGACAUGAUCAUGGCGUUCUGCAAGGAGCACUGCUACAAGGCUUUCUUCGUCGAGUCGCUCUGCGAUGACCCGGAAGUGGUGGCCAACAACAUCCUGGACGUGAAGGUGAACAACCCGGACUACAAGGACCACAGCAAGGAGGAGGCGCUGCAGGACUUCCACCGGCGCAUCGAGUGCUACCGCGCCAUGUACCAGCCGCUCGCCGAGAAGCACGACAACGGCCUCUCCUUCAUCAAGGUGAUCAAUGUGGGCGAGCGCUUCCUGGUGAACCGCGUGCGCGACCACGUGCAGAGCAAGAUCGUCUACUACCUCAUGAACAUCCACAUCCAGCCGCGCACCAUCUACCUGUGCCGCAACGGGGAGAGUGAGCACGAGCUGAGGGGGCGCAUCGGCGGGGACGCCUGCCUCUCCGCACGCGGGAAGCAGUUUGCCAAGGCGCUGGGCCGCUACAUCCGCGAGCAGGGCCUGGAGGACCUCAAGGUGUGGACGAGUCAGCUGCGGCGCUCCAUCCAGACGGCCGAGGCCCUGGGCCUCCCCUACGAGCAGUGGAAGCCGCUCAACGAGCUCGACGCCGGCGUGUGCGAGGACAUGACCUACGACGAGGUGAGGGACACGUUUCCUGACGAGUACGCGCUGAGAGACGUCGACAAGUACCUCUACCGCUACCCUAACGGCGAGUCGUACCAGGACUUGGUGCAGCGGCUGGAGCCGGUGAUCAUGGAGCUGGAGCGGCAGGAGAACGUGCUGGUCGUGUCGCACCAGGCCGCCAUGCGCUGCCUGCUCGCGUACUUCCUCGACAAGGGCGCAGAGGAGCUGCCGUACCUCAAGUGCCCCCUGCACACGGUUCUGAAGCUCACGCCCAUCGCGUAUGGCUGCAAAGUGGAGAACAUCUCCCUGAACGUGGAGGCCGCCAACACAUACCGCGAGAGGGCAAACACGGGGCCCAAGAAGGGUCCGAGCCCCCUGCAGCGCCGCAACAGCUACACGCCCAUGGCGAGCCCCAUGCACAAGGUGCCGCGCAUGGACAGCCUGGAGGUGCUGGACGGCCUCGAGGCGUUGGGGGGACUCGACCCCUCGCAGGGAUUCUUUGCCGUCCGCAGCCCCACGGAGAGGCACGCUCCCGCCAACCCCCUCUCCUCGAACCCGGACGGCGUGUCGAGACCGAGCACCGUGCUGGAGGUGACGGAGGGCGAAUAGACACCGCGGCGAGCUCGGAGUCUCGGCCACCAGGGAUUCCGCUCGCCGCGUGGACAUUGAGCUGCCACCACGGUGGGGGAGGGAGGAAGCAGGGCAGGGGGGUGGUGGGGGGGGGUUACUUUAAAUUUGUUUUUUUUUGUUGCCCGACCAAACGAGAGACGGAGACCGUUCCUGAGACGGAGGUCCACUCCAGAGAUAGGCCGCUCCGCUUGGAUUCGCGUCGUCGUAAAAUAUAAAAAAAAAGCGCCCCCAGCGAUGGGGGGAGAGGCCCUCCGAGAUUAAUCCGGGAAAGCGUUCGCCACGUCCUCAACUCGGCAUUUCACGGCACCAAGGGCCCCCACCCGCCCCCCCCCCCCGCGGUCGCAGUGAAGCCGUGUGACAGCGGACGCAUGGCCGGACAGACGCUCUCUCGUCACGGACGCGCGAGAGAGAGAGAGGAUCGUCCGACGAGUGUGGGGGAAAAGCCCCCCAUCCCAUCCCCCCCCGCCCACAUCGUGCUGGAGCCAUUCGCCGAACUUUUUGAGUCGGUGAAUGUUGGAUCCGAUUUGACAGGGCAUUGGUUGGUUCCGAGAAUGUUUUAACGUCGUUGUUGUUUCGUUUCGAUUUAAAGCUUUCGUGACUGCAGGGAUUCAUUUUCUUGGUUCUUUCGGUAAAGUCACGUAGAAGGGAAAUAAUAAAAUUAUAAAAAUAAAACAUCAUAAAAUACAAUUCUUACAACGCAAGCAGCCGUCCUCAGUUGAAGAACAGGGCUGUCAGAAACUUCGGACGCUGUCUUUUCCGAUAGCCCUGUUCUUCACCUGAGGACGGCUGCUUGCGUUGUGGCCGAAACGUCGUGAGAAUUGUAUUUUAUUAUGUUUUAUUUUUAUUCUUUUAUUAUUUCCCUUCUGCGUGGCUUUACCGAAAGAACCAAGCAGAGGUCGUUGUUGUUGUUUUUAAAGAAAAAUUAUCGCGCUGCACGCGGAUGCAAAGGGUAGCGCGAGCUCGCGCGACGCGUCCACCAAUCGUUGGACACGUCCGGUCGGGGCUCGUGCGACGCUCUUACAAUCCUGAAAAAUAUCUGGAGGGAUUUUUUGUUUGUUUUGGGUCCGUUAAAAGCAUAAACAAAAGUCUGUACGGUUCACCCCCUCCGAGCGGAGGCGGAGGGGUCGUCGGCAAUUCGCCCCCCCCACCCCGUGCCACCCACCCCGCUUCAACCUCGCGUUAUUGCCCCCCCCCCCCCCUCCUUGUGAGCGGGGGUUGGGGGAGAAAUGUCGUGCUGACGUGACGGAGUCACGUGGCCCACGACGCGGGAUCUCUCGACGAUCCCGCGACGAUCCGGCGAGUCGAGCGUUACGGUUCUUCGUUUGGAGUCGGGGAGAGAACCCCACCCCACCACGAUGUUCCCUGCCGACUUCGUCAUUGCGGGCUAUGCACCUCGUGACAAAAACAUUUCCGGGAACUCCGAUUUUAUUUCUCUCGCGUGAGAGCUGCGGUUUUUUUCUCUCGUUUUAACGUUAGAAUGUCCCAUAGUCGUCGGCUAAGUUAUUUAUUAACCCAGGGAUCCAUAUCUCACGAUUUAAGUGCGUUUAUACUGUUUUAGAGAAGUCCGCAUGUUAACGAUGUAGUUUUGAGUUGUUACGGUCAUGCUAUAUUUUAAUUUAUUAAUCAUCACAAAAAGACUCCAGUCGUGCGCGCGCACACACCCACACACACAAACACCCACACACUCACACACACCCACACACACACACCCACACACACUCACCCACCCACCCACGCGCUCACCCACCCACACACUCACCCACCCACACACUCACCCACACCCACCCACACACACUCACCCACCCACACACACACACCCACACACGUGUUUAUUUAUGGUCUCUAUGUAUUAAGGGAAUUACCACUGCAUGACUGCUCGCAUCGGUAAGACUAUGAACUAAUCAGGGUGCGUUUAGACUCCUUUAGAGAUGACAACGUCGCAGGGUUUCCGCAGCCGAUGCCGGGAUUCACAAUUGAGUUUCGGGGUUAGGCCGCGACGUAACGAUGUCACCAAGCGUUUUACCACGUAACCGAGCGUCGCCUGCGAAGCAAAUUAAAUAUCCACACAACUCUGUG